GGCGAUGAAAUCUCAGCACGGAUCCGAAAAGCUCGAGCUGCUUUCGCUGACUUACACCAUCUCUGGCGUAGGCGUGACAUCCGGUUAUCAACCAAGGGACGUGUGUACUGCUCAUCAGUUCGCUCCGUCCUUCUCUAUGGCUCUGAAACAUGGCCAAUACGCGUUGAAGACAUGAAAAGGUUGACUGCUUUCGAUCAUAGAUGUCUGCGAUCUCUGUCUCACGUUAGGUGGUUUCACAAGAUAAGUAAUGUUGACGUUAGGCGUAGAGUGUUGGGCAAAGAGGGAAAAUCAAUCGACGAGGCUAUAAAGUUACAUAGACUAAGAUGGCUAGGUCACGUGCUGCGCAUGCCUAACCACCGCCUCCCCCGACGGGCAUUGUUAGCUGAUAUAGGUUCAGGUUGGAAAAGAGCCAGUGGUGGCCAAACAAAAACAUGGCAUCAAUCCAUGAAAUCCUUGACAGUUAAACUGAGUCAGGUAGGGAGAUGCAGACUCCCGGGUUGGGGCCCUCGGGACUCUAGGAAUCAAUGGCUGGAGACAAUAGGUGACAUGGCUCAAAAUCGUUGUCAAUGGCGCAGAUGUAUUCAAUCUCUGUAAUCUUUCAUAUUCCUUUCUACCAUUACCCAUUCUGUUUCACUCUUAUAUUUGUCAAACUCUAUUAAUUCUCUUCACUCAUCUUCUUGUCUACCUCUGUGUGCUAUUUGGAACGUGGCAACUCGAACUGCUGCACUUCGGUGCCAAGUUC